GCCUAUCUAUUCUUCCUAAUUGAAUGGCUAAUACAUUUCUCGGUAAGGAUUGCUCGAUUACUGGAAUUUGAGCUUAUGUGUAGACAUGCUGUUUUGACUAGAGAUGAUGCCACACAAGUGUCUAACCUUACAGUUGAGAGUUAUGUUUCUAUUCAAGAACCAACAAUUAAUAUACGCGAGGCAAAACAAAAAGAGGUGGUAUCAGAUGCACACAGGCCAAAAGCAGCAGAAUAAGUUAGAAAUGAGUUUAUAUCGUCACUACUGGACCAAUCAACAAAAUCGACGGACCGGGAAAUAGGAACAUUUAAGCACCAUACAGGAUUUAUUCGUUGAAAAAGUUCCAUUCCAGAUAGAUAGACAGGCUAACGCCAAAAAAGAAUAAAAUUUACAAAUUCACAAAACGAAUGCUUGUCAUGAACUUGUCAAUAGAAUGUCACAAAUAAAGUGUUAUAGAAAUGCCCCAAAAAAGAGAAAAGUGAAUUAAAAUAAAACUGGUUUCCACAAAAAUGCCAUAGAAAGGUUGCCUUACGAUACAACAAACUAAGAUCAACACGAUGGACGCCAGCUGCAUGAUUUUGACGUGCCUACUCUUAAUACAAAUGGCCAUAGUUUUAAUCAUGCUGAACCCUAUCUACGACGUCAUGAAGCUAACGCAGUUUAUUAAUAACCUAACAAAGUGCUACAGACGUACAUAUCUAUUCUUCAUUGCAUUUUACUUUACAUCAGUUUUAUAUCUUGGAAUGUAUCUUCCUCUCCAAAGUAUUCACAAGUUGAUUUUCUGCGUCAAUUUACACGAAUAUGAUAAGAUGACCCUGCUUCACAACGUCGAGAAAAACUACAUCACAGCUGGUUUCUCUUUAUUCCUUGUCGUCGUGAUCUAUGGAGUGAGAGCUCUGCUUUCCUACACCGCAAGUCUAACUCUUGUCUCCGAUAAACAAGAUAUGCUAGGAACAAGAGACAAACAAUUAUUUAAUGAAAAUAUCUUACCCAAUCUACUGAGAGUCAAGAGGUCAAUAUCCUACGAAACUGUUUUAUUUACAAACGAACUUAGAGAACAACUGAAGAUUAUAAUUAAGAACAUGGAAUUACCACACCAGAAGAGCACAAUUUCAAGUCUCUUAGAGGCGAACAAUGCUACCAGGGAGUGAUUGUACUUUUUAUUUACUU